AUGACUCCCACUGCGCGCAGCCGCGGCCUCAAGUUUCCUGUUAUCCUUUUGGGCAAAGAAAAGCUCGAUUCCAAGACUAUUCGCGCUUUCCUAAAGCAAACACAAUAUGAAUUGGUCCUAGUAGGAAACAAAGAUGUACCAGUCUUGUAUAAUGGAGAGACCGACGAUGAGCCCCUAGACAUGAUCGAGUCGUUUGGGCAAUUGGGGUGGCCCGACGAUUUUAUGAAUGAAAUAAACCAGAAGCCCGGAGUAAACGGAAAGGCCUUUGUCAUACUGGAUAGUACCUCGGGGCAGGAUCAGUCAACCUGCCUCGUGGCGGCCAGCGUGGGUGAUGACAACCCCACCAUUGACCAUGCAAAGUUCCGAUGCCAAUUUUCGUCGACACUCUCCGUUCUGGCGCAACUCGAUCGCGGUGGUCCAGCUGAUAUUCCACACAUCAUACGGCGUUUGCGAACCGAAGCCGCAGAGGCAGGGGCCGUCUGGGAAAUGGCCCUCGUAGACAGGAUCAAGUCUCGAGAAGCUCAAAUUGGCUUAUCAAAAUUCCCUCCUAGUAAAGACUGGAAUACCCGGUGUCCUGAGGCGCUCCCACGCACCUCCCGGCCAUAUUUUCCAAUCUUUCGGUCUGCUGAGAUCAGUUUGCAGACGCUGAAUGAGUUCCUCGAAAGUACUUAUUGCAAAGAACAUUGGGGUCAUUCAAGCGAUGAGCCCGAUCCCCGUGCCUCCAUCAUCACAGCGGUCGAGCCACCAUAUUCAGACGGCCCCGCCGAGCCUCCUUUAAAGACAGUGCCAUAUCUGCCAAAACAGUUUUUAGGAACGCGGCCACACGAGUUUGACGCGAUUGUACGCAGCGUGUUUUCUUGCCCAUCAAACGAGAAUCCUGAAUUUAACUAUAAUCGCUACAUCGUCAUGGAUGAGAUGACCGAAAAGGACAAGACGGUGCUGAUUAUUGCCAACGACGAAACAGAGGGCUUGGUCGUCAGCCGAUCCGACUUUAAAGGUGCAUUGCUCAUCCUCAUCUCGUCAAAGGUUACAUCGUGA